AUUAAAAAAGAGGAAGAUAUUGCACGUAAUCCCAUAUCUACACAAGAAACCGAAAUACCUUCGACACCAGCAGAAAUUCUUUAUCAAUCAAUUUUACCCAAUCUACCGCAAUACAUGAUUGCCCUGCUUAAAGUUCUGUUAGCCGCGUCACCAACCUCAAAAUCGAAAACGGAAAGCAUUAACAUAAUGGCUGAUGUACUGCCAAAAAAGAUGCCUAUUACUGCAACACAAUCCACUAAGUUAACCAUGGAUAUGGGACGGCACAAAGAAAUCAUUGUUAAAGCUGUAUCGGCUAUUAUUCUAUUAUAUUUGAAGCACUUUAAAAUAAAUCAUGUGUAUCAGUUCGAAUUCAUGUCACAACAUCUAGUCUUCGCCAAUUGCAUACCAUUGGUGUUAAAAUUCUUUAAUCAAAAUAUAACAGAAUACGUGGGGAUGCAAAACUCUAUUCCUUUAUUAGAUUUUCCUUCCUGUGUGAUCGGAGAACAACCCGAUUCGUCAGGUGAAAGUUUUGUGUCAGUGUCUGAUAAACCCUACUCAUGGCGGAACGUGUUUUCGUGCAUAAAUCUUUUAAGAAUAUUAAAUAAGCUAAUUAAAUGGAAGCACUCCCGUGUAAUGAUGCUGGUGGUAUUUAAAUCUGCACCAAUAUUGAAAAAAACGCUGAAAGUACGUCAUGCGAUGAUGCAGCUCUACGUUUUAAAGUUAUUAAAAAUGCAAACUAAAUAUUUGGGCCGACAGUGGCGUAAGUCGAAUAUGAAAACUAUGAGUGCCAUUUAUGCAAAAGUACGUCACCGUUUAAAUGAUGAUUGGGCAUUCGGAAAUGAUUUGGAGUCCAGACCGUGGGAUUUUCAAGCGGAAGAGUGUACAUUGCGUGCUUGUGUGGAUCGUUUCAAUUUACGACGCUAUCCAGAAGAUACGCAAAAAUGUGGUGCAGGUGGAAAUAAUGGUGGCAACUCGGCUAAUUCAGAUAAUUCAUCUGGAAAUACAGGCGCAAAUAUGGGUGCGGAAGGUAAUGGUUUCGCCGCAAAUAAUGCUGCCAAUAGCGCAAACGGACAUGCACAACUUACUGAGUACGGAGUUGAGAGUGGCUUUCCCAGCGAUGAGAUUCUAACACACUCGGACUUUGCUUUCUUUGGUCAUUCGGGUUGGUGGGAUCGUAAAGUAGAAUUAACAGAUUACUUUAAAGCAAACUAUUCAAUGUGGCUAGAGGAUGAAGUAUAUAAUAAUCAAACAGAUUGGGACGCACUCUAAAACUAAGAUAAUAUUAAUCGUAUUGCAACAAAUUAAACGCUUAACUUUUAUGUUUCAAUAUUCAACAAAUUGACUACUUUCGUACGCGAUUUGUAAUAGUUUAGAAUUGUAGAGGAAAAAUUUCGCUAUCGUUAACAUUUCUUGAUUUUUAUUGA